GUAACAGGUAUGAGGAAGUAAAUAAGAUCCUACCAUCAUGACAGAUAAUGAGGAUUGCUGUUGUAUGUGUACAUUGAUCAAGACUAUCUUUUGCUGUUUCUGUUGUCGACCGUUCUGCUGGUUGACUAGACAAACCAGAGUAGGACCUAAAAGUGGCUAUGACCAACUUGAAAGCAAAGACAGAAAGAAAAAAUAUCCAGCUAGUAAAGCAGAGUGCAUAAAGGAAAUUGAUAGACUGGAUCGAGAGGUUGAAAAUCUUAAUUGGCGCCUCCAAGACAAGGACAACGAUAUUAAAGACCUAAAACAAGAAAAGGAUGGUGCACUAUCAAGGUUGAGUGAAAUGAUGGGAUCUAAAUUACGGGACAACAAUCCAGCAAUAGCUGAUCUGAAUGACCAGAAUCGGCCAAUGAAACUCGCUGAACAGUUUACAGAAUUGUAUGAAAAUGAAUGGACCGACGCCUUUACCGAUUUACAGGAACUUACCAAAGACGGAAGUGAUGAAAAAUUAACAGAUGUUGAAAGCAUUCAGAUAUUACUGCAUAUGUUGAAGGAAAUAAAUGAAGAGUGUGUCAAAGAUUCGUCCCUUCAACUGUCUGGACUGAAGGAAGCUUUCCAGUGUUUGCCCGAUGAAGAUUACAAAGAACAUUUUAAGAAGUUCAAAGAUUUAACCAAAUCCGAAGCUUCAAAAUAUCUACCCUUACUAUGCAAGAAAAUCUUGGACGGAGAAUUAAACUGUAAAACCGUUAAGAAAUAUAAAACCGUAUGUCAACAAUUCAUCGAAGUAUGUGUCAAAAUAUGUUACCUGUCAGCUGUUCAGGAUCCACCAAUGUUUCUAGACUUUGAACCAAAUGACACAUUUGAUAAAAGUACUUUCAAAGAGUUCACAGUUUCAGGUUCAAGAAAGGACUAUUUGGUUUGGCCUGCAUUGCUUAUCCAGAAAGAUGGCGCAAUACUUUCCAAAGGUGUCGUACAGCCCAUAAAGGAGUCGGAGGAUAAAUGAAAUGUGACUUAAUAAU